AAUUAGUAGUGUUUUACCGAUUAUUAUGUAGUAGUCGUCGUCGAAUUUUAGUAAAAUCACUACUGGAUAAUGGAAACCACUAUUACAAAAUACCUACCCCAAUAUUCAGAUCUACUACACAAUCCCUAAGAAGAAUACAAUAUUGAUCUCUACUCGUUCGUCACUUCUAGCCAACCAAACACGUUGCUUUAUCGUAGGCGCCGACCCACCGAUACAAGCUUAAUGGUUCUGGCCAUAUCGCCUGAGCGAGCAAGCACGACCUCUGCGAUCCAGAUCUCCCCCUACGACCUCCGCCUCUGCAAUCUGGGCUUCUUCGGCUUCUCCUGUCAAGCGAGUGCCUCUACAAUCAUCGACUUCUUCGAUUCUCCUCCUUCGUCGACUGCAACUGCUUCCGCAAGCGUAUUAUUCUUCGUUUCUCCUCCGCCGUCGACUGCAAUCGCCUGGCAAGGGCCGUGUUCUUCGUUUCUCCUCUGCGUUGACUAUCUUCCCCAUCGACCACCGUCUUCUUUGUUUCACCUUGCCGGAAUCGUGUGAGAGAGAGAGAAGAGGUAGAGGGAAAGGAGGAAGAGACACGUUGGAGAGAAAUUAUGAGAAGCGGCUGUAGGGUGUGAUAAAAAAGGUUAUUAUUUAUAUUAGGGUUUGAGGAUAUUUAAUAUAUCAUCCUCUGAUUAAUUCUAACCCUAGGACUAUUAUUUUGAUCUAAAGGCUAUUAGGUUAGUUAUGAUGGUGCUAACCCCUUAAGGGGUUAGCAUCUAAUCUCAUCCCGCCUGGAGGUAAGAACAAGAUCCACCUUUUUUUGGGUGCAAAUUGUAAAAUGUGUUGGACUCUCUAACCCAUAAGUUGUCUUGUCUAAUGAGUAUUUUAGUAAGAUAAGUGUGGUGCUAGUAUGAGAGAGAAACCAACGAUCUUAAAUGGGUAAUGAAACUUAAUUUAUAAU